CGGUGUUGCGGCGGGCCACGGCGGGACGACCAUCUGCGGCACCAUGGUGCUCGCCCGGCUGGCCGGCAUCAGGGUGUUCGGCACCGGCGGGCUGGGCGGCGUGCACCGCGGCGGCGAGAGCUCCAUGGACGUGUCGGCCGACCUGACCGAGCUAGGCAGGACGCGCGUGGCCGUGGUGAGCAGCGGGUGCAAGGGCUUUCUGGACAUCCCGCGCACGCUGGAGGUUCUGGAGACGCAGGGCGUGCUGGUGGCGACCUUUUCGGACGGGACGGACGAGGCGGGCAGAAAAGGGGUGGAUUUUCCUGCUUUCUGGGUGCGCGAGAGCGGGGUGCCCAGCCCGGCUGUCGUGAGGGACGAGAAGGAGGCGGCGGCGAUCAUCCUGGCCCAGGAGCGGCUAGGGAUCGAGUCCGGGCUGCUGUUCGCGAACCCUAUCCCAAAGAGAUUCGCCAUCUCUCGGGAAGAGAUGGAGUCCGCCAUCCAGCUCGCCGUGGCCGAGGCCGAGGAGAUGGGCAUCACGGGGAGCGCAAACACGCCGUACAUUUUGAAGAGGAUCAAGGAACUGACCCAAGGGAGGAGCGUCUCGGCAAACAAGGCGCUGGUGCAAUCCAACGUUGCCCGGGCGGCCAAGAUUGCCGUGGAGCUGGCAAAGAUGAUGGGCGGGUCGCCGGUUACGCCGAGGACCGUGACUUCUUACUCUGGCACGGACGGGGCUGGCAUCACUUCCCCCCCGGGGCUUAAGUUGGACGCAGAGGUCAAGGAGGAAUCCCACCCAGUGGAUGUUCUUGUGGCGGGUUCGGUCGCUCUCGACUUGAACUGUGACUAUACAGGGGGCGCGGCACCGCUCAGCGGCACGCCAGCCUCGCUCUCACCCGCUCUGCACACGUCCAACCCGGCCACCAUCCAGCAGUCCGUGGGCGGCGUUGGCCACAAUAUUGCCUUGGCGGCACACAGGGUCAGCGAGGAGGGCAAGGUGCGGCUGUGCAGCAUGGUCGGCGACGACAUCGCCGGCUCAACUAUCCUCUCGGCCCUGCACCGCUCGGGCCUCGACACGUCCUGCAUCCGCCAGCUCGGCCACGAGUACCCGUCCACCCGCACCGCGCAAUACGUGGCUGUCAACGACGCGCACAAGAACCUCGUGCUCGCCAUGGCCGACAUGGCCAUCUUCUCGACGCACUCCUUCCCCGCUUACUGGGAAUCGGCCGUGGCGGCGGCCAAGCCCAAAUGGCUCGUCGUCGACGCGAACUGGUCCGAGGCCGAUAUCCAGACGUGGAUCAGCGCCGGGCGCGCGCACGGCGCCCGCGUUGCCUUCGAGCCCGUGUCGGCGGCCAAGUCGCAGCGCCUAUUCCCCGUGCUCCCCGCCGCGCGCCACCACCACCACCACGCGCAUCACGCCCAUGCCCGCCCCCUUGGCCUCUACCCGCGCGCGGACGUCGACCUCUGCACGCCGAACGAGUACGAGCUGCGCGCCAUGUACGAGGCCGCCAAGCAGCGCGGCCACCUGGACGGGCACGCCUGGUUCGAGGUUCUCGACGCCUUCGGCAUCGGCCUGCGCGGCGGCGGCAGCAGCGCGCGCGACCGCUUCGUGGACAUCGCGUCCGCCGAGAUCGCCGACGCCGGCGUGCCCGUCCAGAGCAUCCAGCUGCUGCCGUACGUUCCGACCAUCGUCGCCAAGCUGGGCGCGCGCGGCGCCCUGCUGACCACCAUCCUGGCCCCGGAUGACCCGCGCCUGCGCGACCCUGACCACGCGCGGUACGUGGUCGGCAGGUGCGCCACCGACCACCCCCACGUGGGCGGCGUCUACAUGCGGCUGUUCCCUGCUGCCGAGAGGGUCGCGGACGUGGUGUCGGUGAAUGGCAUCGGGGAUACCUUCACCGGUGUGCUGGUGGCCGGGUUGGCCAUGGGCGGGAAAGUGGAGAGGCUGAUUGAUGUCGCGCAGAGGGCGGCGGUGUUGACGCUCCAGUGCGAAGACGCCGUGAGCGUGGAGGUCGCGUCGUUGAAAGAGGAUGUCAGGAGGGCUGCGGAGGAGUCGAGGUGAAGGAAGGGCCAUCCGGCCUGACCGAACAUCGGUGAAGUCGUCUGCUGCGAAGGCCGUAUGGCAAGGCCGUAUUGCGAACUCAAGACGGUAGCAUGGUUCCGAGGAAUCUGUUCCUCGACCUGUUCCAAUCCUCCGGCAUGGCGUUGGAUGACCAUGUUUUCUCGAACAGCCUCCCAGCAUUGCCAAGCUUUGCUUGAGUUGCCGAGACGUCCCCCGAUCAAAAGCCCACAACAAUCUCGACGGAGGCCUGCACCUGGGCUGCUCGGCGCCGGGA